GUGACAAUGACGAAGGGAAUUUGUUUCCUUUCUGCAAGGGCACAUUUACCCACAGCCUUCUCUGCUCAAGAUCAGUUACAAGAUGGAAGUUUUCCCAGGCCUCCAACUAGUGUUGAUGCUCACAGGUCUUUUUGCAUCCUGUACGUCUUAUUUGUUCCCAAGUCUUUCUACUGCAAGUUUGCAAAACACAGGAAAGAGUCCAAAAGAGAUGGUACUAAUUCAAGGAACCUCCCUCAGAAUAAGAGCUUUCUGUGCCUAUCAAUAUUGGCAAGGAAACCCCGUUUGGUGCAAAGAAACACAACACACAGAAUGCCGAUUCCAAGAUCCAAUAAAUCUCACAGAACUAGGAUGGCAAUAUCUGACUUCUGAAGCAAACCAAAAGAUCAUGUUUGAAGGUGUAGUGAAAGGUUGCAUUUCUGUACUCAUGAAGAAUCUCCAAAUUGAAGAUUCAGGGAGAUAUUGGUUUGGAAUUCUAACCGAGAUGAAAAUGGUUUCCAUAAAAUCAAUUAAAUUGGUAGUUGAUCAUGGUGAGCACGGUUAUUUCUUGUCUGGUAAAACUGUAUCACCUCCAAUAUCUAGGAUGCCAUUUACUUCCUCCAUAUAUGGAAUGAAGACUCAAGAAGUAACCAGGACACAAGGAGAAUCUCUCAGUGUCAAGAUUUUUUGUUCCCAGCAACAUGCGCAAGCAAAGAAAGUGUGGUGCAAAGAGGAACUGAUGAAAGAGUGCAGUCUUGAAAAAUCCAUAAGCUUCUCCGGAUCAGGAUGGAAAGGUCUCACUACACAACCAAAUCAACGUGUCAUUCUAAAUGAUUUGGGAAACGGAUGUAUUUAUGUCUUCAUGUCAGCUCUUCAAUCAGAAGAUACAGGGUUAUAUUGGUUUGGGGUUCUUGAUGGCCUCAAUAUAAUCCCUUUAAGAAACAUCAAGGUGAUUGUUCAAAAAGGUGAGCACUAA